UGUCGGCAUGAAGAACUUUACAAACCGCAAUACCAGCGCUCUACCAUUUGGGAUGACGUCAGAAGUGAUGACGUCUAAACAAACAAGCGCAGCACCAGUCACCGAAAUCGUCCAGAACGUGACGACCAUUAUGCCUGACGACGCUGGUUGGAGGGACGACAAGCUCACGGUGGCCAUGACGGCAGCCGGAGUCGCGUGCGGUGUCACGGUGUUGGCGGUGGUCGUUGUCGUCAGUGUUCUCAAGUGCUGCCGGAAGGGGGAGCUGCGUCGACCGAGUCUGCCGACGAUCAGACCCGCAAACGAAGCGACCAAACGACGACAAAACACAAAGAAUAAAUCCCCGGUAACCGUUGACACCAUUAACGGUAACGUGUACUCGGAGUUCAAUUCUGGGUGGCCUUCCGACGAGUUUGACUCAACGUACGCUUUGGAUAAUGGGGAAUUCGACAAAGAAGACGCCGAUGAAAUGAGAAACCCAGACAAUGAGAAUGUUGAAGCUGGUGAUAAUCUUAGGAACGAAGAAAACGCCAUCGUCGACGCAAAACGUAUCAGAGCGUUAGGGUCGGCAAUUCCAGCGUUUUCUGUUAGGGUUAAAGCCCCUGAUGAAAGUGAAGCAAUUGGAAGAACGAGAUACAAUAUUGAAAUAUUGGGUUCAAACGAGUCUGCGCCCGCCGUCUGUGAGCGCUCAGAAACGACGUAUGCAACAUCUCGCGUGUCGUUCCAGAAGUACUCCGAAGACAGCGGUAUUGCGGAUAAGUCACGAAACAAUUCUUUAGAAGCCGACAACCUCGAUCCAGGCGGACAGGAAAGUAUGGCGAAGCUAGAAGAAACCGAUGAUGACGAGGAAGUGGUCGAGAAUGUGUUUUACGAGCCACCCGAACUCUGGAGCGUUCACGAUGUCAAGCAUGCCGAUAAAAUGGCUUCGCUGAGACGGGAAAGCGAGACCAUGUUCCGUGAGGAAUUACAGGAUUCUGCGAGAUCAUACAAGUUCAGUGGAAGCACGGGCUUGUAUUAUGAACCACCGGAGGAAGACCAAGAUACGCCUGUAAAUGACAGAGGAAAUGGCGUAGCAGACGAAGAACAUAUAUACGAAGACGAUGAAUCAAUAUACCGUAACUGCGAGACCGCGAAUUCUGGAGGUUGGUUAAGUUUUGACCACGAUUCGGCGCUGGCCUGGAACGGAGGUAAACAACUUAGCAGUCAAUGUAAUAUUGAUAACAAAUACGAACAUAAGGGAGGCAAAGCUAAUUUAAAUGAAUUUGUGCAUGAAUCUAAUGAUCACGAAGAGGAGUCAAUAUCAAAUGUCCACAUUCAUCCAGACCCCGAAGAGCACAUAUAUGAAAACGGGAUGCUUAUGGCCAAGACGCUGUACGAGGUGCCUAAGAACAACUUCGGGAGGAAUAACGCAGCAGAUGGAAGAGGGUCGAUCGAUAAGGAAAGAAUUUACGACGUUCCAAACUUCAAUAAUCCUUAAAUUAAGCUAUGUAGAUACAAGAGAUAAACUUAAGGAAUCUUCUGCCAAAAGAUGACACCAAUUUAUUUAAGAUUGUUUCCAUGUAUACACAGUAAUUUGGUGUAGCAUAGUUUUGGUAAUAAGAAAUGCGAUUGUGUCAUUCCUUGAAGAUUACGAUAUAUGUGUACGAAAGGUAUCACUAAUAAUAUGAACACACCUACAUAUCGUUUAAUCAUUCGAUGGCAAAGAUUAAAUUCAUAAAUACAUAUAUUAAUUAAUAGUUUGAAAUUACCUGUGCUUACAUUGUUUUUAAAUUAAUUAAACUUUGUGUAUUCUUGGGUAUACUGAACAAAUGAGUCGCGUUCUGAGAAAACUGGACAUAUUGCGUGUGCGUAAAUUGUCGUUUUUACAAGAUAGUUCUUCUUCCGGUUUGCUCAUUGAUGAUAUUAUAAUUAUAGUGUUGCUUUUUGCUGACGAUAUGGCAAUAAUAUGUACAUCGCCUGAAGAAGUACAUUCUUAUUUGGACCGUUAACUUGAAUACUGCUAUACCUGGGGUCUAAAGGUAAAUAUUACUUAAACGAAAAUUAUGGUUGUCCGGAAACGUGGUCGUCUUUUACCAUCAGAACAUUGGACAUAUAAUGGUCAACCAAUAGACGUUGCCAAUGAUUUAAUUAGUAAGGUACAGUUUUUAAUUAUACAGGUAACUUCUCUUUGAACCAAGAAUAAGUAGCUGGUAAAGCACUAAAAGCACUAUUAUAUGUUAUUCAUUAAAUGUAAAGAAUUUUAUUUAAAACCUAAAACGGUAUGUAAGUUGUUAGAAGCUUUUGUUGGUUCAAUUCUUAACUAUGCAUGUAUGCAUGCAACACAAAGGCAGAAGAAAUAGAACGAAUACAUUUAAAAUUCUGCAAAAGAUUGCUGAUUGUUAAACAGAACGCUUGUAAUGCAGCAGUAUAUGGGGAGUUGGAUCGGCAUCCUUUAUUUAUUAAUCGUUUUAUUAGAAUUGCAAAAUACUGGUUGACAAUUUCAAAUUCUGAUAUUAUUAUAAAAGGUGUAUAUUAACAAGCCCUGCAAGAUAGUCAUAAGGGGCAUAUAACUUGGUUAACUAAUGUCAAAAGGCUGUUAGACACAUGGAUUUUCACAUGCUUUUGAUGAGGUGAAUUCGGUCGAUGUUUACCUAUUUUUACAUCAAUUUAAAUGUAGAGUUAUUGAUACGUAUAUCCAGGACUGGCAUAGGAUUGUCGACAACAGCUCGGUUCUGGACAUGUAUUGUGUAUUUAAACCUAUUUUUGUAUAUGAAUAUUACCUUGAUUAUAUUCCUAAAUCCCUGAGGGUAUACAUUACUAUAUUACGAUUGUCAGUUCUUCCACUUAGAAUACAGACUGGUAGAUAUGCUACUCAAAACACCCCAAGAAACAAACGGCAUUGCCUAUUAUGUAACGAAUCAGAUUUAGAAGAUGAGUUCCACUUUGUAUGUAAAUGUACUCAAUAUAUCACUAUCAGAAAGAAAUAUUUAUAACCAUUUUACUACAAUAAACCAUCCGUAUUUCAAUUCGACCAAUUACUAAAUGGUAAUAAUGGUAAUAACACAAACGAGCUAUUAUUGGCAAAAUAUGUUAACCCUUUGCAUGCUGGGAAAUUUGUCGUCUGCUAAAAUGUUGUCUGCUGAAUUUCUAAAAUAAGCAUUUUCUUCGAUUUUUUUUCAAAGAAUACUAUCAGAAUAGCAAACAGUUUGGAUCCUGAUGAGACGCCACGCUCUGUGGCGUCUCAUCUGGAUCCAAUCUGUUUGCAAAGGCCUUCAAAAUUCGGUUCCAGCAUUGAAAGGGAUAAAUAUGCGUUAAAAGCAACAAAUACAUUUUUGAACACUACUUUGUAGUAUACGUAAGGUUUUCCUCCUUAACACUGAAAUACUGUACGAAUACUUGUUAUAACUGAUUUUCUUAGGCAUUUAAUUAAAUGUUAUAACUUUUCAUUUAGACGUCAAUCUAAGUAAAAUGAAAUAAUGUAUAAAUAUAUAAUUAUGUAGCUUUUUGCGUAUUGUAAACCUAUAUCUAACCAUAACACAAUGUUAAACAAAUGUUAAA